CGCAGCUGGAGAUGCUGCAUGCUCGGCUCAUGCAGCUUCUUUUAGCCGGUCAACUAGUCUUCUAGCCCCGCAUUACAUGGAUCAAAUGUGUGGGUGUUUAUCACCGACGUCAGCCGGUGGUGUGUAGCGACUCGAUGGGACUCAAUAUGCGGUGGUAGCUGCGCAACAAGCCGCAAGGGAGCAGCGGUUAGUGGGUAGCUAUAGUAACCAACUGCGGUUAGUAAUGCUAACCAACGGCUAUUCGUUAUGCUAACCAACGGCUACUCGUUAUGUUAACAAGCGGCGGUUAGUUUGCGACUUUUACCGAGUCGUCAUGUUGGCCCUGUUCCCCGGCUUAGAUGCUUUAUUUCUCUUCGAUCCUACUCCCCCUCUCGGUGCAGAAAUAACCGCUAGUUAGCGCCUCCAUCAGCUCAACAACAUGACUCACACUCUGGUCUAAGUUAGCUCGCCCGUUAGCGGAUAGCUUACGCUAACAGUCAGGCAAAGCUAAUUCUCGUAGUGGCCAACCAGCGGUACGACAACGUCCGUGACGUCAUUGGGCCCAAAAAAGACUUUUCUUCAUUGACUUCCAUUGGGGAAAGAGACGUCUGUUAAUCAGCGGAUACUUUUUCUUGAGCUAAACAAACUACCCACCAGGAACUAUUUUAUAGCCCAUGUUUAAAUCAUGAUGGUCUACAAGUUGUAGAAUGCGCUGAAAGCUGAAUCCAGAGUUAUUUUCGCUCUCCAUUCAUUUGACUGACAGAGAGCAAGGGGAAUAGGGGGCUUAAGGGGAAACUCAACUGCGCAUGCUCCAUGGGCCCACACACGGGUCCUUCUGCUCAGGCCUUUUUGAGCUUCAUGCGCCACUGAACAGCUCUCAUAGGAAUGAAUGGAGCUCCAGAUCUCUUUAUAACAUCCAUGGUGUCGGGGAAGCGAUGUCCGUCCGAUGGAGCUGAAGUGUUUCUCGGCUUGCUGAAGAUGACGGGCCGGGUGUUUGUGGCUCUGUGUCAGCAGGAUGAUGGAAGCCGAGGAGGAGUGGAGGAACAAAGACCCGAGUGCACACCAAAUAUUGCUGGAUAAAAAGGUGCUCUGCAAGCAGAAUGGAAGGAUCGGUAUAGUGAGAACCCUCCACAGCCUGUUGAAAACUCAGAACACUCUGCAGAUUCACUCCAUCGCCCGCUCAGAAUGUGCUGGCUCGUGUCCGGACCUCAUGAUGAGUAGGAGCGAUCACUUUGAUGUGCGGCCCCCCGCGGCCCNCCCCUCUGCAUGUCCGUCUCCUCCGACAGCAGCGGGCGCUUCAAAGCUCUGGAGACGCAGGAGUGGAAGAACAACCUCAAAGCACAGAUGGAGCAGGCCCACAGUGCAGGAGCAGCCAGCAGCACCGGGUCUCUGGAGCGAGCGUCCCUCUUCUGCUCGUCCAGCUCCGGCCUGUCCUCUCCCGUGGAAAUCUUCAACAAAAACAAAUCGUCCUCGUCUUCGAGCCGCUUCUCGCUCUUCUCUCCGCCGUGGAACAGCAGCUCCGAGUCCGAAUCCAACCCUCCGUCUCGCUCGGGAUCCAAAAAAAAGCUUCGUAACUACAGCCGUCGAGCCGCCACUGGACCCGCGGGAGCCCGGGGCCCCGAAACACCGGAAACAAAACCCAAACCAGUGGAACAACAACAACACUUCCAAUACUCCGAACCCGUGAUCUCCAGAGUGACGGAUUUCAUCUACGUUGGAAAUCUGAACGCGGCGUAUAACGGGCGUUCGCUUUGCCGCAAUAACAUCGACAGCAUCAUCGAUAUGAGCAGCGUUUCGGGGGAUCCGGGUCCCAGUUUGAACGUGAUCCCGUGCACCUGUUCUCGUGGUGCCAGACACACGUGGUCUCGACUCAAAGUGGAUAUCGGAGACGUGCCGGAGCAGCGGUGUUUCGAGGAUAUAAACGAGUGUAUCGGCGCCUCCACGGAGAAGAGGAAGCGCGUCCUGGUGCACUGCAGAGACGGGUUCUCGCUGGCGCCCACGUGCAUCAUCCAGUACCUGAUGGUGAAGCAGAACAUGAGGCUGAUCGCCGCCUACGAGCUGCUGAGGGCCCGGUACCCCGUCAACAUCCGGGAGCGCCACCAGAACCUGCUGGUGAGCCUGGAGAGGGCUCUGAGGCCCGGAGGGAACGUGGACCCCGAGUGCUUCAAACAGGCCAUUUCCCGCAAAGUGGCGUGGACCUGACGCCCGUUUCCCAUCAUGCUUUGCCUGCUGCUCCGGACUCUCUUUACUCCUUUUGGCAUCCCGGAGCUUCAAAACGUUUCUGGUCUUAAUAUCCUCCCAGGGUGUAGAGUGGUGCAGGAAUGAGUCAGCAUUCUAGCAGUUCCCUCGUACCGAAGUCAAUGGGGUUUAAUAUGUGUCGUUAGCCUGAAAUAAGAUCUUCGGUUAACACGAGCUGAAGAGAUUUUAAAGUGGCGUGACCCUGACUACGUUUCCCAUCAUGCUUUGGCUGCUGCUCCGUACUUUCUCUGAUCUGUUUAGCCUCCCAGGGUGUAGAGUGGUGCAGGAAUGAGAAACCCUGCAAAGAGUCCGCAUUCCAGCAGUUAUCUAGUCCUGAAGUCAAUGGGGUUUAAUAUGUGUUAAUAAGGUCUGUGGAUAACACGAAUACCCCACUGGUGAACUUUAAACACUGAUAACAAGUCUCUAAGUGAGACGACUAACCUCCCAUUGGACCGGGGAGACGUUGCCUUCAGGGUCCAACACAGAAAUACGACAUCCCUGCACCACUCUAU